AUGAAGACAGAGAUGAAAAUCAAGAUCGAGAAGACAGGUGUGCCCGCGCCGGCUGUUGUGUGCCUGGCUCCAGAUAGGGAGGUCUGGGAAGUCGAGAGUGACGACUCAGACGUAGAGGUCUUGGCCGUGGAGCGACCGCGGCCCAUGGCUUCUUUAAAGCUUGAUGUGCCAGAGGCUUCGUGCGAGGAGGAGCGAAGCUGGAAAAUCCUUCAAGAUGUGUUCUCCUACAUCGACAAGGUAACCACCGACUUCGAGAUGUUCAAAACAUAUGUUCAUGGAAUCGAGCAGCAGAACACUGCUGCUGCUGCAUUGGUGCAAAGGAUGAAACAACAUGAGUUGUUCCCAAGGUUCUGUGAAGAGGUCGGUGCCGAAGCGGGGCUUUGGGGCUUGGAGGCGGAGCAUGCGCCAACGGAGCUGUCGCUCUUUGAGGAGUGGCUUGCUGAGAAGGAGCAAAGCCUGAUAAAUGCUGCCAUGGUGAAUGGAACUUCCGCUGAACAUCAGGCAACCAAGGCUAUGAAUGUUGCAGCGAAUGCUGAAACGCAAGUGGAGGAGGAGUAUGAUGAAGUUGAAGCUUCGCAAAACAUUCCGCUCCCGCCGGCCGACAUUGAUGGAGAAAGCUUGGCGGAAGACGAGCUUCCUCUGGCGAGGGUUCUGGAUAUGGAGUUCGGCCGUGCGGCCGCUGGGGCUGAAAGUUCCUCGGUGCCUGCUGCACGUUCUGUGGAUGUGGACAUGAUGUUGCAAGCACAAAAACGUAGAAAUGAUGAGCGGGACCGCUUGGUCGCCGAGUCUGCUGCAGUGCGUGAUUUUCGUGCUGGGAAGGAGAUGAGUGUGGCUAUGACAACCUCUGGGGAAGACCGAAAGCCUGGAGAAGUGGACCCGGCCGCGACAGCAGAGGUGGAAAAGGAGAGCUGCUACAAGUACCCGAUGAAGGACAUCAGCAGAGGCUUGCUAGAUGAAGUUGAUGCGAUGAAUAGGGAAGCCGAGCCACCCCGCUAUGGUGAUCAGCAGUGUGUCCGCAGAGGUAGAAAAAAGGCCGCUGUCGAUGAAGAUAGCCAGGAUGGAGAAAAAAUGGAUGCAGAUGAAGUGAUGAUUGACAUGGAGGAGCACUGCAAACGUGAGAGUGUUGAGGUGAGCAAAACAAAGCGCAAAGCCACAAAAAAGGAGGAGGUGGAACAGGAGCCAGGUGAUGAUAACGAAGGAAGUGAGGCAGAGGAGGAGGAGGACGAUAUGUGCGAAGAGGAUGAGGAGGAUACGCCGCAGCGAGGCAAAGGCAACAAAGUGGAGAAAGUGCUCAAGCGGGGCAAAGCCAAGAACGUGGAGGAUGAGGAGGAACAGCCAAAGCGGGGCAAAGCCAAGAAAGUGGAGGAUGAGGAGGAAAAGCCUAAGCGGGGCAAGGCCAGGAAAGUGGACGAUGAGGAGGAGCAGCCAAAGCGGGGCAAAGCUAACAAAGUGGAGGAUGAGGAGGAGCAGCCUAAGCGAGGCAAAGCCAAGAAAGUGGAGGAUGAGGAUGAGCAGCCUAAGCGGGGCAAGGCCAAGAAAGUCCAGGAUGAGGAGGAACAGCCUAAGCGGGGCAAGGCCAAGAAAGCGGAGGAUGAGGAGCCUAAGCGAGGCAAAGGUAAGAAAGUGGAGGAUGAGGAGGAGCGGCCUAAGCGGGGCAAAGCCAAAAAAGUGGAGGAUGAGGAGGAUGUGCCAAAGCGGGGCAAAGCCAAGAAAGUGGAGGAUGAGGAGGAGCAGCCAAAGAGGGGCAAAGCCAAGAAAGUGGAGGAUGAGGAGGAUGAGCCAAAGGUGAACAAAGGCAAGAAAGCCAAAAAAGCCCCAGAGGAAGAGGAGGAGGAUGUGCCAAAGCUUGGCAAAGGCAGGUGCAAGCAAAUGAGAGCCGAGACGGAGGUCCAGGAAAAGCCACAGGGAAGGGUGAAGUACGAGGAGGGUGCAAUGGUGAUCGAAGAUGAUGAAGACCUGGGCGAGCCAGAUGAAGGGUCGGAGAUGGAAGCAUGGGAGGAGGAAGAAGAGAAAUCCCAGAGCGAGGAGGAUGUGCCACAGCGGGCCAACGCCAAGAAAGUGGAGGAUGAGAAGGAAAAGCCUAAGCGUGGCAAAGCCAAGAAAGUGGAGGAUGAGGAGGAACAGCCAAAGCGGGGCAAAGCCAAGAAAGUGGAGGAUGAGCAAAAGCCAAAGCGGGGCAAAGCCAAGAAAGCAGAGGAUGAGGAGGACGAUGUGCCAAAGCGUGGCAAAGACAAGAAAGUGGAGGAUGAGGAGCCUAAGCGGGGCAAAGCCAAGAAAGUGGAGGAUGAUGAGGAGAAGCCAAAGCGGGGCAAAGCCAAGAAAGUGGAUGAUGAGGAGGAUGUGCCAAAGGUGGGCAAAGGCAUGUGCAAGCAGAUGAGAGCCGAGACGGAGGUCCAGCAGGGAAAGCCCAAGAAAGCAAAGACAAGGCAUGCAGCAGCUGAGGAAGAUGAGUCAGAGAAGUCUGAAAGGGAACUUGGUAUGAUCGUUCCCCCAGAACAUGUACAAGCCAAUCAUAUCUACAGCAAUGCCUAUCGCUUCAGCCUGGCACUCGGGCACGAUUUGGAGGCCGCUCGUGCAAGGGCACGCACUGCUGCAGAUGAGUUCCGCCGCAGUGGUCGUGUGCCGGUAGAUUAUGUGAACGGGGCCUUCAUCAUCGAGAGCGAUGAAGAAGAUGAUGUGGAUAUGGCCACUCCAGUUCGAAAGAAGUUCAUGCUCCACGGCCUGGUGUGCCCCAACAGGCGAGGCUGGAUCGACUUCAGCUUUGAUCCCUGGGAUGAUGCCAAGCAGCUAGGCCAGCACGUCGGAAUCGUUGGUGUCGGAAGCUUCGACGACGGUGUGAAGCGAGAGCUGUUUAAUAGCCCGAAAACACCGAUGCCUGCACAGGGGGAUGCUGUGCAGAGGGCCAAGGAUUUUCUUGCAAGGCGGACGAAAGCCAAAACCGCCGCAGUGCCGGCGGUUGGUGACCAAGAUGGCCAAGGUUGGUUGCUGCCUGCUGCCCCCAAAGGCCCAAUAAGGGCUGCCAUGAACCCUUCGAUCCCAGUCAACCAGGCCAUGAACCCUUCGGUCCCAGUCAACCAAGCCAUGAACCCUUCGAUCCCAGUCAACCAGGCCAUGAACCCUUCGGUCCCAGUCAACCAAGCCAUGAACCCUUCGGUCCCAGUCAACCAGGCCAUGAACCCUUCGGUCCCAGUCAACCAAGCCAUGAACCCUUCGGUCCCAGUCCUGCAGGCCAUGAACCCUUCGGUCCCAGUCAACCAAGCCGUGAACCCUGGGGGCCCAGUCAAGGAAGCUCUUACUCCACCGCCCAAAGCAACUGCAAAUUCGCUAGUGAUGGUUGCAAACCCUUCGGUCCCAGUCAAGAACGAGAUGAUGGGUGUGCUCAGAUCACCACCACCACGUGCUGCUGCUUCUGCCGUGGUAGCGCCAAAGCCUGCGCCCUUGGUGAAAAGCUGUGCAGUUCCACCACCAGCUGCAUGCAUCACACCUGUGGUGCCCGCCAAAGCCGUUGCAGCCUGUCCUGCGCCGAAAACGAGUUUGCCAGCUUUGCCUGCUGUGGCUGCUAGUGCAGCCAAAUCCGUUGCAGAGCCCGGGAAGGCUGUGGAGCAAGUGAACAAGAAGGCGAAGAUGGCUCCACCGGCCAAUCCACCGAAAAAGCCUAGUGCACCCUCGAAUCCCCCGCCCAAGGCUGCUGCCCCUUCCAAUCCUGUUGUGCCUUCCCCCGCCAAUCCGGAUGAGCAAAACGUGAUGAAGGCUGUGGGCAGGCUGCAUGUUAUGAAUGAGGAGAUGGCUAUCUUUCCGGAGACCUAUGAUGAGAGACAGUCCCUCUAUGCCUGCUUCAAAAGGAAGCUGAAAAAGGGCGAUGAAGUCCCGCAAGAGUUCGCAACCCUGUGGGUGCAGGCCUGCGGCAGCAACUCCCGUAGUGCCAAAACAGCUCUCUUCCAUAAGUGGUUGACUGCUGGCAAAGACUUCGGGCGGCUCAGCAUCCAGCUCGAUCGAUCCCGGACAGAUGCAACCCGAGGCUCGCAAAGAAUGGGAUGGCAGACCCGGGCACAGCUGCUACACUUGCAUCAGCAUGAGGAGACAGUAAACGCCAUCAUCGCGGCGAAGGUCCUGGUCGACAUGUCCUAUGUCAACGAGCAUGAAACACGCGCUGCCACGCGGCUGCUUGGUGGCAAUGUUUAUCAGAACCUCGGCACGAACACAAUGUAUGGUGCCUCUGGCCCUGCGGAAACCACAGGGACAGGUAAUGUCGGCUGCUUGGGCAUGCCUGGAGGCAGCUCCAGUGACGGGGCGAGCAAGGGUAGCCAGAAGGGAAAAGGGAAAGGCAAGGGGAAGGGCGGCCAGGGAAUUGAGACACUCCACCCCAAUGGCCAGCCGAAGUUUGGGAAGAAGAAGAAGCUUCUCCUUUGCAUUUAUAUUGUGGGUCAGUCACAACUGGAGGAUGUCAUGCCGGGCAACGCCACGGAAGCAGCGGUCUGGUGCAUGACGAAACUUAUCAAGGCGAUGGGAGAUGCAAAGACUUUGUCUGUACGCCUGGCCUGUGUGAAGCAUCAAGAGCAGCUGUGUACGCUGCUGAAGACGCACAGCACCGAGCUAGAGACAUCGUAUAGCCAGAUUCAAGCUUUGAAAGUCGCAGAGGUUCCGGACUCUCAGCUUUAUGCGGCAGCAGAGCUUUGCCGGCAACGCUUGGCUCUCUUCUCCGAAGACAGGGCUAGCGCAAACCGUGUGUGCCCGAAGCCGAAGAAAACCAAGAAGGACUGGACUACAUAG